AAAUGUUGUAGUUACAAACGGACUUAUCAAACUCUUUGUUAAUCAUUUGAUCCCUAUAAAAAAAAAUGAAUAGAGAGCCUCCCAAGAACGUGUACUGCAACAACAGGUUGAAGAAAAUUGAACCUGUCGUAAGGCCGAUCAGUAAUAAACGUCAGGCCUCUCAGUAUACCUCUGCUGCUACAAGCAGUGGGAUGACGGAAACCGUUAUUGCUGUGAAUACAAAAAAUAGAUCUCUGCAUUUCAACAAAAGCCAAUCAAAAUAUGAAAAGCAUUUCGAGCCAAGUUCAUCAAAAGUUUUGGCUUCUAAGAAGCUGAAGGAAUCCCCACAUGGAAACACUGUUUUACCAUUAAAUUUUAAAAAUCCAUCUACAUUGGGAGAUUUGGGUAUUCCAUUGAAACAUUGUUAUGUUCAAAGAAAAACUACCAGCAGUAUUAACCAUUGUUCUCUGCAACCUGUGAGUAAGAAAUAUAGGAAAAAUUUGGAUAGUUCAAAACUACAAAGCAACCUGCUUUGUGUUCAUCGUACUGAAAGUUCUGACAACCCAUUAUGGCAGUCACCCCAAGAGUCUCCCAAUCAGCUGAUAGAAAAGAGCAAUUCUAAUGACCAACAUGAUGCUAGUGAAUUUUUUCAGAUGGUUAAAGCAACUCUACAGGAUACAUUUAAAGAAAUUGUCAAAGAUUGUCCUGAAUUUUUAACUACCUCAUUAAAUGCCAAAGAAAAGUUACUUAAAAAAUUACGUUCCUACACCCAGCGACAGCAAACGACGUUGGCGGAUCAUGCAAAUACGGAGGACAUGAGCAGCAGUGAAUCCGACAGUCUUCUCGAUUUUACGCGUCCGAUAAGGUUUAACCGAUUCCCUGGAGAGUCUUCUACAGAGAGCCAAGCUACUAAGCCGAAACUCCGGCUUAACAAUGCGACUCCGACCUGUGUGGGCACAACAGACGCAUGGGCACCUGUUGCUUACGGUUUCAAGAGUUAUACUACGCCACGCGGAUUCUUACCUCGUUCUCGCCGAUGCACGGGAUCGACUACUUACGUUACUGAGCGAACGCUUUCUGAUGCAAUACAAAUCUCAUCGAAAGGGUCUUCUGUGCAGGUGAACGGAAGUCUUUCUUUCAAUAGAAGUUGCAGCAAAAACAAUCUUGAGGAAACAGAUGAAUCGACUCAUGCCUGUCUACCAGUGUUUAACCCUUGCAAGGUACCAUCUUUUUCCCGAUAUCCUACUGCCUUCGGAAACUGAUAAGAGUUUUCUGUGACAGACUUUUGAGUUGAAAUUUUCGCAUCUUUUUACACUUAAGAAGCGGAAAAGUCAUGUAAGCGUUUUGUUUCGUUUUUAGUUUAACGUUGUUCUCCAUAAAAUUGCAAGGCAUUAGAAGUAGAAGUCGAAUUACUGGGUUCAGCUACUUCGUUAUGUUAUCAGUCCAUUGUACACAGAAGACAAUCAAACACCCACAGUUGCCAUUUCGUUCUAAAGGGGCGUGUUAAAAUAAUAAAUUUUCAUCCAGAAUUUCAACUAGCUAAGUUCCCUGGUAGGUGUUUGUGGUUUACGUCGUUUUUCUUUAUAGGGCCAGUAUUUUACUUGCCGCGUGUCCGUUCCAAUGUAGAUACUAUCAUGUCAAAAUCCUCUACUUUGGGUUCAAUUACUCAAUGCCUCUUUAUCCGCUUUUUUAUUAUCCUUCCCAUUUUCAUGUAAGUUCCACGUCAACUCGCCAAAUCCCAUUCAUAUCGCUUACGCAACUAUCGACGAAUCUGGAUGAUGGACAAUGUAGACGAAAGGGUUGCGAAAGAUUCGUUGUAUGUUGAUUAAUACCGCGUAGUGGUCCCCGAAGAAGUCGAUGCAAUCAGACCUUUUGAUGUUUAAAAUUUUCAACGAUUUUUUUCCCCUCCCAUUUUGGUGGAUGCCACUAAAUACGUACCUUCCCGCCGAAGUCUUUGAAG